AUCCACCAUGCUGUCAAACUUGCAUCAGUUUUUCCAGAAUGGACUUGGUGCUAUGUACUAGCCCUGAAGCCCUUCCUUCUUCCAUGAUGAUAGUAGCUGUCUACUGCCCGGUGAUAGCAGCUCUCUUUAUCGUUUUGAAGAUGGUGAAUUACCGUUUACACAGGGCACUGGAUGAGGGAGAAAUUGUGGAGAGGAAUGCCAGUGAGCAUAUGGACAGAGGUGCAAAAACAGAACAAAGCAAUGUUUCAGCCAAGAGGAAAGACAGCAAUGGGCCCAGUGACCCUGGUGGAGGGAUUGAGAUGUCAGAGUUCAUACGAGAAGCAACACCCCCUGUUGGCUGUAGUUCACGCAAUUCUUAUGCUGGGGUAGAUCCAAACAGCCAGGUUGGAUCUGGGUUAUCUCGUCUGGGAACAGCAGCAACCAUCAAAGGAGAUACUGACACUGCCAAGACUUCUGAUGAUAUCAGUUUAAGUCUUGGCCAGAGUUCUAGCCUAUGUAAAGAAGGGAGUGAAGAACAAGAUUUGGCAACUGAUCGGAAGCUUUUUCGUCUGGUGUCGAAUGACUCGUUUGUCUCCAUCCAACCUUCAUUAUCCUCUGGACAGGAUUUGCCAAGAGACAACAGCGACAAAGUGUGCCUCUCGAACAACCAGCUUGUGGACCAGUCUAAAAACAGUGCAUGUGACGCAGAAGUAGCUUCGCUUGUAACUCUGCAUUCUCACUCCUAUAGGAAGGAUCAUAGACCACGAGGUGUACCAAGGACUUCUAGCUCUGCUGUCGCUUUUCCAGAUGCUUCACUAAAUGACUUCCCCCUCUAUCAACAAAGACGAGGACUAGAUCCUGUCAGUGAGUUAGAAGCUUCCAAGCCCCCUUCUGGUUCCAGAGAGUCCUUGGCUGAGAACUCUUGCAUUUCAGGAGUUUUUCAAUUAGAUGACAUUCUGAAAAGUAGCAGCCCUCAACCAUUGGCUAAGAGUGGGAAGAGCAAAUCCUUGAAAGCAGACAAAAGUGUGGACAGUCUGAGAAGCCUGAGUACUAGAAGCAGUGGUUCAACAGAAAGCUACUGCAGUGGGACUGAUCGUGACACUAACAGUACCAUCAGUAGCUAUAAAAGUGAACAUACUAGCUCGACGCAUAUAGAAAGUGUGUUAUCGGAGCAUGAGGAGGAGUCUCCUAGAGAAGAGAAAAAGGAUGGUAAGAAAAAGGACUGUGGUGUUGACUCAGAGGAUGACAGUAGUUCUACUACUGACAAAAGGACUAGUAGCGAAAGGACUGCUGUGGAAGUGAGCACUAACAGUGGUGUUCAAGAGGUAAAGGGUUCUAAUGCAUCUGAUGAGAUGCACAGUCAGAAAGGUCUCAGUGCCUCUGCGUCAGAGGAGGCCAAUAAGAACCCACAUGCCAAUGAAUUGACUACGCAAGCUGACAGGCCACCUGGGAAGGCUGCUGAACAAAGAGAUGAGCAGAGUGAGAAACUGGCUGUGUUAGAUUCAAGAGCUGCUAAAGAAACUAGUGGAAAACAAAAAGAAGGAGAUGUUCGACCAAAAUCUUCUAGUUUAAUACAUCGAACAGCUUCUACCCACAAGUCCAGCCGGAGAAGGACAGGAAAAAAGCGGGCUAGUAGUUUUGAUUCAAGUCGGCACAGGGAAUAUGUUUCCUUCCGAGGUGUAUCUGGUACUAAACCUCACAGUGCUGUGUUUUGUCAUGAUGAGGACUCCAGUGAUCAAAGUGACUUGAGCAGGACAUCAAGUAUGCAGUCAGCUCACCAGUUCAGCAGUGAUAGCUCUUCCAGCACCACCUCCCAUUCGUGCCAGUCUCCUGAGGGAAAAUACAGUGCUCUAAAGACCAAAUAUGUUUCUAGAGAACGUGGGGGCACAGACCCUGAAAGUGCUCACAAACCCCAUGUAAGCUCUGAAGGAAUUGGCAAAAAACGAUCUACGCGUCGGACUUCUAGCACAAACAGUGCCAAGAAUCGUGCCAGAGUAUUAAGCCUGGACAGUGGUACUGUAGCUUGUUUAAAUGACCCAAAUAGUUUAAUGGCACCGGGUAACAUAAAACAGUUAACCACUUCAAAAUCUGAUUUGGAAGCCAAAGAAGGAGAGGUGCUAGAUGAGCUAUCUCUGUUGGGAAGGGCUUCACACCUAGAGUCAGUCACUCGUUCUAGGAAUAGCUUACCAAGCCAGGCUACGUUUCCUGAAGGGGAAGAGCACGAAUCAGCAAGUGGAGCAGCACAAGCCAGCGAGGAGACUGUCACAUUUCGUCGUGAACGCAGCACAUUUAGGCGUCAGGCAGUACGACGCCGGCACAAUGCAGGGAGUAACCCUACCCCUCCUACAUUGCUCAUCGGAUCACCCCUCAGCCUUCAAGAUGGUCAGCAAGGCCAGCAGCCCUCCUCCCAGGUCAGAGUGCAGUCCCGCCCCCCUUCCCAGGCAGCUGUGCUCAGCGCUAGCGCCUCCUUGCUGGUGAGAAAUGGGAGUGUCCACUUAGAAGCAUCACCUGCCACGGCAUCUGCUGUAGGCGGUAGCAGUUUGCACGAUGAACUUGGUAAGUUCAGUUCUACGCUCUACGAGACGGGGGGCUGCGACAUGUCACUUGUGAACUUUGAGCCAGCUGCAAGAAGAGCAUCCAACAUCUGUGACACGGACUCUCACGUAUCGAGUUCUACCUCAGUUCGCUUUUAUCCACAUGAUCUACUUUCUCUUCCUCAGAUCAGGUUGAACAGGCUGCUAACCAUGGAUACAGAUCUGCUGGAGCAGCAAGAUAUUGACCUGAGCCCUGACCUUCAGGACCACAUGCAACCUCAAGAGGAAGCAGCUCAAAAAGUCAAGCAGUACUAUCGCUUUUGGAUCCUGCCGAAGCUUUGGAUUAGCAUCCAUUUUGAUAGAUUAACUCUUCUGGCUUUAUUUGAUAGGAAUCGCGAGAUCCUUGAAAACGUGUUAGCUGUCAUCCUAGCUAUUCUAGUUGCAUUUCUGGGCUCUGUACUUCUAAUAGAGGGCUUUUUCAAGGAUAUUUGGGUCUUCCAGUUCUGCCUGGUAAUAGCCAGUUGUCAGUACUCGCUGUUGAAGAGUGUUCAGCCAGAUUCUUCUUCCCCUCGACAUGGUCAUAACCGUAUCAUAGCCUAUAGUAGGCCUGUAUAUUUCUGUUUAUGUUGUGGUCUUAUUUGGCUGUUGGAUUAUGGCAGCAGAAACAUAUCUACAACAAGAUUCAGGUUGUACGGAAUGGCUUUCACCAACCCAUUGCUGCUUCUGUCAGCCAGGGACUUAGUUAUAGUGUUUACACUAUGUUUCCCUAUAGUAUUCUUCAUUGGUCUCCUGCCUCAGGUGAAUACAUUUGUGAUGUAUCUCUGUGAACAGCUAGAUAUUCAUGUCUUCGGUGGUAAUGCUACCACAAGCCUGCUUGCAGCACUUUACAGUUUUAUCUGUAGUAUUGUGGCAGUAGCAUUGUUGUAUGGACUGUGCUAUGGUGCCCUGAAGGAUUCUUGGGAUGGGCAGCAUAUUCCAGUUCUCUUCUCCAUAUUUUGUGGUUUGUUAGUGGCAAUAUCGUAUCAUCUCAGCAGACAAAGUAGUGACCCUUCUGUACUUUUCUCUUUAGUGCAAUCAAAAUUUUUUCCUAAUUCUGAAGACAAAAACCCUGAGGAUCCUCUGUCUGAAGUAAAAGAUCCUUUACCUGAAAAGCUUAGAAAUUCUGUGAGUGAACGAUUGCAGUCUGACCUGAUUGUGUGUAUAGUCAUUGGUGUACUCUAUUUUGCAAUUCACGUCAGUACAGUAUUUACAGUUUUACAGCCAAUUUUAAGUUAUGUUCUCUAUGCAUUGGUGGGUACGGUAGGCUUUGUGACCCAUUAUGUUCUGCCUCAACUCCGAAAGCAGCUUCCUUGGCAUUGCUUUUCUCACCCGCUGCUGAAAACCAAGGAAUACUAUCAGUUUGAAGUCCGAAAUGCUGCACAUGUUAUGUGGUUUGAGAAACUUCACAUUUGGCUCCUUUUUGUAGAGAAGAAUGUUAUCUAUCCACUGAUAGUCCUCAAUGAGCUUAGUAGCAGUGCUAAGAAUAUUGCUAGUCCAAAGAAACUGGAUACUGAGUUGGGUGCUUUAAUGAUCACGAUAGCUGGCUUGAAGUUACUGCGUUCAUCAUUCAGUAGCCCAACGUGCCAGUAUGUCACUGUUAUUUUCACAGUGCUCUUCUUUACUUUUGAUUACAAAAGUUUUACUGAGACCAUGCUGCUAGAUCUCUUCUUCAUGUCCAUACUCUUCAGCAAGCUUUGGGAACUCUUUUAUAAAUUGAGAUUUGUAUAUACCUACAUUGCUCCCUGGCAGAUCACAUGGGGAUCUGCCUUCCAUGCUUUUGCCCAGCCAUUUGCUGUGCCACAUUCUGCAAUGUUGUUUGUCCAAGCAGCUGUGUCAGCUUUCUUCUCUACUCCACUGAAUCCUUUUCUGGGAAGUGCAAUAUUCAUCACUUCGUAUGCCAGGCCUGUCAAAUUCUGGGAAAGAGACUACAACACAAAGCGUGUGGAUCAUUCAAAUACAAGACUGGCUUCGCAGCUUGAUCGAAAUCCAGGUUCAGAUGAUAACAACCUGAAUUCAAUCUUCUAUGAACAUUUAACCCGUUCCCUUCAGCACAGCCUAUGUGGAGACUUGUUGUUGGGUCGGUGGGGAAACUAUAGUACUGGGGACUGCUUCAUCCUAGCCUCUGACUACCUCAAUGCACUAGUACACCUUAUAGAGAUAGGAAAUGGCUUGGUCACCUUCCAACUGAGGGGGCUUGAAUUCAGAGGAACUUACUGCCAGCAACGAGAAGUAGAGGCCAUCACUGAAGGUGUAGAGGAAGAUGAAGGCUUUUGUUGCUGUGAACCAGGCCACCUUCCUCACAUGCUUUCCUUUAAUGCUGCCUUUGGGCAGCGUUGGCUGGCUUGGGAAGUGCUUGUAACAAAGUAUGUUCUGGAGGGUUAUAGCAUCACUGACAACAGUGCAGCUUCCAUGCUUCAAGUCUUUGAUCUCCGGAAAAUUCUCACCACUUACUAUGUGAAGGGAAUCAUCUAUUAUGUCACAACAUCUCCCAAGCUAGAGGAAUGGUUAGCUAAUGAGACAAUGCAGGAAGGACUGCGGUUGUGCACAGACCGCAAUUAUGUUGAUGUAGACCCAACAUUUAACCCCAAUAUUGAUGAGGAUUAUGACCACCGUCUAGCAGGGAUCUCAAGAGAGAGUUUCUGUAUGAUAUAUUUGAACUGGAUAGAAUAUUGCUGCUCUCGAAGAGAAAAGCCACUGGAUUCAAGUAAAGACUCACCCCUGGUGACAUUGUGUUAUGGACUGUGUGUUCUAGGGCGGAGAGCAUUGGGAACAGCUUCACAUCAUAUGUCUAGUAAUCUGGAAUCCUUCUUGUAUGGCCUCCAUGCCCUAUUUAAGGGUGACUUCCGUAUAUCUUCAAUUAGAGAUGAAUGGAUCUUUGCUGAUAUGGAAUUGUUGAGGAAAGUAGUGGUUCCUGGAAUACGGAUGUCACUUAAGCUGCAUCAGGAUCACUUCACUUCUCCAGAUGAAUAUGAUGAUCCUUCUGUCCUUUAUGAAGCCAUAACCACCCAUGAAGAAAAUCUAGUUAUAGCACAUGAAGGGGACCCUGCUUGGCGGAGUGCAGUUCUUUCCAAUUCUCCCUCCCUCCUUGCUCUGCGUCAUGUGAUGGAUGAUGGCACCAAUGAAUAUAAAAUCAUUAUGCUGAAUAAGCGCUAUCUUAGUUUCAGGGUCAUUAAGGUGAAUAAGGAGUGUGUGCGUGGCCUGUGGGCAGGACAACAACAGGAGCUUGUCUUUCUGCGUAACCGUAAUCCAGAAAGAGGAAGUAUCCAAAAUGCAAAACAAGCUCUGAGGAACAUGAUCAACUCCUCUUGUGACCAGCCAAUUGGAUACCCAAUCUACGUCUCACCUUUGACUACUUCCUAUUCAGAUAGUCAUGAACAGCUUAAGGAGAUUCUCGGGGGAGCUAUCAGCUUAGGAAACAUCAGAAACUUCAUAGUGUCUACAUGGCACAGACUAAGGAAAGGUUGUGGAGCUGGCUGCAAUAGCGGUGGAAAUAUUGAAGAUUCGGAUGCUGGAGGUGGAGCUUCUUGCACAAGUAACAAUGCAACUAUCAAUGAGUCGCAGAGCAGCGUGUCGCAAGGAGGAGGGAAUGCAACUACAGGGCAGGGACCUGGAGCAGUACAGCACCCUCCUGUUGCAGCUCAUCCCACAACUCUUCCUGCAGCUCAUCCACCAACUCAUCCCUCCACUCUGGGCACCAGUCACAGCUCUCACUCUGUGCAGUCAAGCCUUGUCAGACAUUCCCCUGCCCGUGCCUCAGUAGCUAGCCAUUCAUCUUAUUGCUACGGCAGUCGUCAUUCAUCUCUUCGCACAUCCACAACAGGCUUUGUGCCUUGUCGGCGCUCUUCCACCAGUCAGAUAUCCCUUCGUAACCUCCCAUCAUCCAUCCAGUCCCGCCUAUCUAUGGUGAACCAAAUGGAACCUACUGGCCAGACUGGGGUCAGCGCGCAGCAUGGACUGCCCUCUUCUAGCAGCUCCAGCCAAAGCAUCCCAGCCUGUAAACAGCAUGCCCUUGUGGGCUUUCUAGGGACAGAAGGAGGGAGUAAUGCAGCUGAAACUCAGUCAGGUGGUAAUGCAAGCCCUGCAAAUCAAAUUCAAGCCAAAAAGGAUGACGUUAUUUACAGAAUCCAGGAAGAAGUUUUCAGGAGUUUUCUCCUGCUGCCCCUGUGGAAAGGCCAGUUUACUUCAAAACACAGGUUAAUGGAUCCCAGUCAAGUACUGGAAGGGAUCAACGUGUCAAAAAGGAAAGAGCUGCAGUGGCCAGAUGAGGUGAUACGGCUAAAAGCUGGAAGAAACAGCUGGAAAGACUGGAGUCCUCAGGAAGGCAUGGAAGGCCAUGUGAUUCACCGCUGGGUGCCUUGCAGCAGAGAUCCAAGUAGUCGGUCCCAUAUAGAUAAAACCAUCCUGCUGGUUCAAAUUGAAGAUAAAUACGUUGCUGUUGUUGAAACUGGAGUCCUUGAACUUGGGGCUGAAGUGUAAAUCAAUUUGAGACUGAAACUUCCCCUUCUCCAACGGUUCAGAAGAGAGAAGGGUCCAGAAGAAGCAGCUCCCCAGGACAUGAAACUUCGGUCCAGUUGUAGGAAAGGACUUGAAACACAGAUUUGUCUAAGUCACUUUCCCCAAAUAAAUACUCAAGUGUAAGAAAUUUUUUUUAAGUUGUUAGCUGCUGAAGAAACAUUUGCAUGAAGGAUAGAUUUGUUGAGACAUAUCUUUUUGUUUAUAAAUUUUGUUUAUGCAUUGCGUAAUGCUUUAAAUCAACAAACUUUUCAGUUCUAAGAUCAGAGCACCUCAUAUUUUUCUAAUUGUUUUGCCAAAAAUUGCCAUGUCUUGUCACAGAGUGUGUGGAAUUCAUCCACCUUAUUUUAAAGAAAUUGACUACAAACCUUCAGUUUGGUGAAACAGUGUAAGGGUUUCAGGUGUGGCAAGAAGAGACUGAACAGAUGUAUAGAUUCUUAUUCCUUAUGAGCUAAACAUUAAUGAGAACUGCACUAAUUUUUUUACAGCAAUGCACUAAAAACAACCCUGAGAUUGCUGAGAACAUUUAUUUAUAUAUAUAAAUAUAAGUAUAUAAAAUACCAUUAUUUAAAUUGCCUUUGGGAUUAAUCCCCUCCCUCUCCAUAUACAUGUUGAUGGUAAGGGCUGUGCCAUGGGUUUGGUUCUAUGUUCUGUAUUUCGUACAAGUGCAUUUGCUGCAUCCUCUUCACAAUAAAUGGUAAAAUAACUAAUAUCUAGAAAAGCACCUGAGUAUCCCUGUACUACAUCAGACUCUAUUGUGGUGGCAGUGGUACCUCAAAUCUGUACAACACAUCUAGCUUUAAAGUGGACCCCAGUAUAUGACCUUUCAUCUGUCCUCCCUUCGCUAGCCAUGGCUACUUUGCUUCUUUACACCCAGAGCUGGCUGUUGUUUCACUGACUCUUCUCUGGCAGAGACAGUUGUUCCAGUUUUACAGGGGGAGGUGCAGGUCCAUGAUUACUUCAUGGAUGCUCGAAGGUUGGGCUUUUGUUUUUUUUUUUUAUUCCAUCCAAUUUGAAAAGAAAAAACAGCAACAACAAAACCCUCAAAAACCAAAACAAAAGAAACCAACAAAAACUUGACUUCAACUUUUAAAAAGCUUUUAUAGAAGGCACAGCCCUAAACUUGUAUCACUUUUACCACCUUGCCUUUUCUUUCCCUCUAGUCUUCAUUCUUUUCUAUAACUUGAAUUUUAUUUUCUGUGAUUAUAUAUUCUAUGUAAGUGUAAUUUGAGUAUUUAUAACUGUGAAGUUGAAUUAUUCAUGUGUUACAUAUCCUAGGUUUUAUUGUAUUUUUUUAAAAGUGUGUAUUCAGGGAAACAAGUAACUCAGAACUAUCAUGGGAGUGUGAGAGGGAAACUGGUUUGUUCUUGACUUGCAGUUCCUAUGACUCACUUCUCUUAAUCCGUAAGAA